CCGCGUUUGCCAGUGACCGUCGGUUCGUCGUCUUUGCCAGUAGCGUCUAACAAACGCAGCAUUCGCGGAUGUCCUUCAGCCAGCACCGAAACGUUGCUUCCCUUCCGCGGUCGCCGUUGUCGUCAUCGGGUUAGACUUUUUUUUUUGGUUCGUUCUGUGCUCUGUGCGCUCACUUGGCUAUACGCAGUGGCUAUUACCAUAAAAAUUGAUCACGGACGCUGCGGUAUCCUGAGCGGCGGGGACUAGAGAAGAUGGGACUUUUCGGUGCCCGAAAAAAAUAGCUCCACUGCACAGUUUCUAGUGGAAUAAUUUAAUCGUAUAAUUAUAUCGGCCCACAGUGGUACCUGUGAGUGUGUGCAAGUUCGCAUCAUAAAAGUAUGAAUUUUAGGUUGAAGAAGAUAGUGGGGGCCAACGGCAAGUCAAGUUAUUAUUAUUCAUAGAAGUGGCAGUGUGAGUGAAUGCUGAGGAAAAGCGCUUAAAAGAGAAUAAAGGAAUGUCGGAUCUGGAUUAUGCUUGGAAUAACUUGAACAGGAGCGAACGGAAGUAAGAAUCAAUUGUCAUGGCGCACAGACUGCGCCUUCCUACGUGGAGGAUGCAAACGAAAGGAGGUCGACUAAACGCAAGCAGACAAAAUGAAAAUUGAUUGUAGGUCUCGAACGAAAGCAAUCGGCGUCAGUAAUCUGUCACAGUAAACGAUUGAUACGGAGCACGCUGAUACACACCCACGCACACACACGACCAGACCAGCCCGCCGCCGCCUACUAGAAGAUGCUGCUAUGAAGCAUCCAACGUUUCGGAUUAUAUUGGCCCUCGUAUCGUUGCACCAUGUAACAGGAUCAACACAAGUCGGCAGAAUCGGCACCAUUGACAACACAUUCAAGGCAUUGCCUCGACAUUUUUGGCACGAGAUCUCCUCCCCGUUCACCGAGCUGCCAGAUGACGACCUUGAGGAGGAAUCGGAGGAAAGCACUACCCACGAUCCGUAUCCGUUCUUCGACGACGCGAACAUGACGGCCAACGUUACCACCCAGCUGGGAAACGACGUGUAUUUGCACUGCCGAGUGAACGAUUUGCGGGAACGAACCGUAUCCUGGGUGCGCCGGAAAGGGGACGAAAUCCACCUAAUUACGGUCGGCCGCCACACGUAUAGCAGUGACUCUCGGUACUCGCUGCAGUAUCAGCCUCCCAAUAAUUGGCAGCUUCUGAUCCAGUACGCAAACGAACGAGAUGAGGGCCAUUAUGAGUGUCAGAUUUCAUCCUAUCCGCCCCUGGUGUAUCUUGUUUAUCUUAUCGUUGUCGUGCCGAAAGUGGAGAUUGUUGACGAAAGAGGUGUUGCAACCGUCGAUAAAUUUUACAAAGCCGGAAGCACUAUCGAGCUGAAGUGUAUCAUCAGUAAAGUUCCGCAGCCGACCAGUUACGUGACGUGGAAGCAUGGCCUCCGGAUGCUGAAUUAUGACACCAGCAGGGGCGGAAUAAGCGUCAAAACGGACUUGCUGACAGGUGGCGCCAUGAGCCGCUUGUACAUAGCGAACGCCAAUCGGUACGAUUCCGGAAAUUACACGUGUGCACUGGCGGACAUCGCGCAGGCAACGGUGUCGGUUCAUGUUCUCAACGGUGAGAAUCCCGCUGCUAUGCAGCACGGCGGUUGUAUGAAGUGGCGUCCAUUAACCAGCAUGAUGUUGCUGCUGCUGGUACUGCUGGCCUGCAGUGGUGCCAACCGGUGACUGUAGAUUCCAGCAGUUUAGGCAAUUUAUCCCUGCGUUCGUUUGUGCGCUUCUAGCAAUGUACGUAUGUAUGUAUGUAUGUAUGCAUGUAAAUCCGGUUGGUCCACCUAAGCCGCAGAGUAAACUUUGCGAGGCUAAACUAAAUCAAAGCUAAUUGCUCUAACUAUUUACAGUUUAGAAAAUCCGUAUAUCUAUCGCGUAAACUAACAAACCAUAAUCCGCAUCAAAUCCCAUCAAGUGAACAUAGAUUUGGUCACAGAUUACGCCUAACUGUGUAACAUUUUUUGGUGUAUCUUUCCUAUAGUACCAAUGUAAGAAUAAAAAGUAAUCCAGUGAGACUAUUUUCCACCUUCCCGGAAGGAAGCAAAUCCUAUCGACGGAUUUUAAAUAUUUUGGCUUUUUUCUCAAAUACAAGUUCUUUUUCUGCACAAAUUUCACAAAUCACUCGGUAUACUUCUAGUAUCACGCGCUACAGUUAAGGCAUCAAAACUGUAGAAAGAAAACAUUUUUCAGACGCUGUCUAUUCUAUAAACUAACAAAAUCAAAUUUCAAACAAACAAACACAGACACAUAUACACACACAAACACUUACCAGAAACUUCAAACGUUCCAAACGUAGCUAGACAAUUUUUACGCAAAUAGUUUUAUCGAACGCAUCGAAUAUUUCCUGUCCAUUUUCUUGACUGGCCCAGUGUGCAGGCCCACUUCGAUUGUCAAAAAAGCAACAAAACAACAAACACGAAUUACAUGCUACCGAAACUUGAGCGAAAACAGCAAAUCAACAUACAAAGUAAACACUAACAUGAAAUGUCCCAUAUCAUACUUUUUCGACCUUUUCUAAAACUUUCAAUGCACCACACUCUCGAAAACGAAACAAAACUAAACUAAACAAAAAAACUCUGUCCAUCGUUAAGACGGAGAUUAUUUACCGUGUUUCAGACCAGAUUAACAACAACAAAAACAACAGAGAAAAAUUGAUGAUGUCUCACAAAUUACAAUGUUGGUAGUUAUUUGGGUAGAGUAGAAUUUAAUUCUACGGUGAUUCUACAUACACUGAAAUACAAGAAGACGAAGAUAAAAAACAAAAGGGAAAGGCGCUUAACGAAAAGGAAAUCAUGAGUGAAAUUUAAUAGUAUUCAAACCGGCAACCCGUCGGCAGAGCGAGAUUGGUUCUGAACCAAAGUAGAUUCAACGUAAAAAAAGAAAUAUGAUUCUACAAUAUAAUACUUAUAUUACUAAUAAAAAUUAUUAAUAAAAUUAUUAAAUAUUAAGUGUUUUGCGCAUUAAAUUCUGACUGUUUGUUGGCAGUGUCAGACGAAUAUAGUGUCGUUUAUACUUUAAGCCCAGGUUCAAGAGUGAAAUAACUGCUUUUAUAUCAACGACUCAACUAGUAGUAUUUACAUUAAAAAUGUAGGUGAGAAUUGAGAAGAAAAAAAACCAGCAAAAAAUACUGAAACAAAACAAGCUGAUAGCGAAUUCAAUGGCUGAGAGCAAUGAAAAGAACCAAUGGAAGCAAAAAGAAGAAGAAAAAGUUUAAAACAUCCAACUAGUUUUAUACUUUCCCACGAGUUGACGAUAGGAAAGUGGUAGAGAAGCAGUAGCCCGAUUACGAUUCCCAAAAAUGUGUUAUGAAUAUAAAAACAAGGAAGAAUUUUAUGCGCAUGCAGACAGUGUUGUGAAAAUUAUUUCAGAAUAUUUAUUUUACGAUCUCUUAUAGAUACAAGUAAAAAGAAAAAAUAUGCAUUUUUAUAACCACAUAUAUAAAUAUACAGUUGAAAACAAACAACAUUAAAAAAAAACUACCAACCCAUACCUAGGAAUAGAGAGGUGAAUUUUUUAUUCGUUUUAUAAUUAUUAAACACUAAUAACAGAACAAAAUUAUCAAACUGAUAUGUAAAAUGAUGGUUGUGGUCAAAAGCUAUAUAAUUACAAGCAUAAAUAAUUCAUAUGACACAAAAUACUAAACUUAGAUACAGUAAUGAUACCAGUAACUGCAUACUAUGUGAAUAAAAUAGUCGAAAAACAAA